AUGUAUCUGUCAUGUGCUACAAGACCAGAUAUUAGUUUUGCGGUGAGCUACUUAAGUAAAUUUUGUUCUUGUGCUGCAUCAUCACACAUGUCUGCCGUAAAGAGACUAUUAAAGUAUCUUAAGGGUACCAUAGAUGCGAGGCUCACUUUCAAGAAAAGCAAAAGCGAGUUAGUUGCCUAUGCAGAUGCUGACUGGGGUGCUAAUGCUGAUGGACAUUCGUUUACUGGCUACACGUUAAUUUAUGCAGGUGGGACAAUUUCAUGGCAGGCUUGUAAACAACGGUGUGUAGCACUAAGUACUGCAGAGGCUGAAUACAUUGCGAUCUGUGAAGCAGCUAAAGACGUUAUGUUUGUUAAAGGUCUAUAUGGAGAGUUAACUGGUCAUGUAGGAUGUGUAACUAUUUUUAGUGACAGUCAAAGUGCCAGAUCAUUGACAUAUUCCCCGGUAAUUGGUAAACGGUCUAAACACAUAAAUAUUAAGUUUCAUUAUGUUAGAGAGUUAGCCGAAGGUAAGGACAUUAAAGUUGAAUAUUGCGAUACAGGCUCUAUGCCUGCUGAUGUUCUGACUAAAUCCCUUGGUGCUAUUAAACACAGUUAUUGUGUGCAACGCAUGGGACUCCAGUGGGGGUGUUGA